AUGUCUCUCUUCACUCUUAUCCUUCUUGUUCAAGCAAGACUCAACCUUUACUCGCCAGAUUAUAAUGCUCUUUUGCUUGUCCAAAAAGGUUUAGACAUCCCUGGACAACGUAGUGCUAUAGAGAACCAGGGGCGAAGCUAUUUAAAAAUAGACUUUGAAUACCCUUGCAUAACCCACCGACAAAGAGUGAACACCCUUAUUGAAUUUCCUGGUUUCGCCACCGUAGAGAACCCAUGCAACUCUGUUGGAAUAUCAUGUGAACGACGACUCACAAACAAUUCAUACGUGCUUAGAGUCACAGGGGUCGUUUUCAAGUCCUAUGAACUGAGGGGAACUCUAUCUCCUGCCAUUGGCAAGAUUUCUGAGCUCAAAGUGUUGUCCCUUCAAAACAACCACCUCUUUGAUAGAAUCCCAACUCAAAUUGUUGACUGCCGGAAAUUGAAAAUCUUGAACCUUCAAAACAACCAGUUUUAUGGCGAAGUCCCAUCUGAAUUAUCAUCUCUUGUUCGCCUUCGAAUCCUUGACCUCUCUUCUAAUGAGUUAUCAGGGAACCUCAAUUUCUUGAAAUAUUUUCCCAACCUUGAAAAAAUGUCCCUUGCUGAUAACAUGUUCACUGGCAAAAUACCUCAAUCCUUGAAAUCUUUCAGAAAUCUCCGGUUCCUCAACAUUUCAGGGAAUAGUUUUCUUGAACGUCUGGUGCCUUUCAUGAGUCAAAUUGAGCACUUAUCAGUAGACUUGAAUCGAAAAGAUUAUGUUCCUAAGCAUUACAUUCUUGCUGAAAACUCAACAAGGUCAAGUCACAAAUCUGCAAUGGCACCACAAUCCUAUUCAGAAAAUGCCCCAGCUCCAGGACCUAGUGCAAUUGUAGUACCAGCGCACAAACAUAACGAGACAAAAAAGAAGGAAAGCGUAUGGAUUCUUGGAUUCCUAGCUGGAUCUUUUGCAGGGGCCUUGUCUGCGAUGGUCUUCUCCUUGCUCUUCAAGAUGGUUAUGAUUUUCAUCAAAGGGAGUAGGGAUGAUUCAGGUGUAACAAUUUUCAGUCCAUUGAUUUGGAGAACGUAGACGGAUUGGCAUCACUGGAUGUGGAGAAGUUUAUAAAGGUGAGUUACCAGGAAGUAACGGAAAGAUUAUUGCUAUACAGAAGAUCGUAGAACCCCCGAAGGAUGCUGCAGAACUCACUGAGAAAGAUAGCAAGGCUUUGAAUAUUAAAAUGCGCCAGAUUAAAUCAGAAAUUAAGAUUGUAGGUCAAAUAAGACAUAGGAAUUUGCUUCCUCUGCUAGUAGUGUCACGACCCAUUUUCUGAACAAGCCAUGACCGGCACCCGAUCACUAAACUUGACCGAGCGAACCAUCUGUUCUUAUCAAAUAUAUUAUAACUUCAAACUUUAUA